GCUACCGACGGGCGACCCCGCGAGAGUAUUCUAGGCCGCUCGUGUGAUCAAACAGAUCCACUCCGUUCCCGGGAACAUCAUCGAGAUUAGAGGUGGGCUCUCAACUUUAUUCCAAUGGCGGACGGGGGUCUUUUGAAUCUGUAUUGAGCUGCCUAUCGCCGCGUUCACAGUUCACACCCGUUCAUUUGGAUGUCAUCACAAGUUAUGAUUUCUGAGUGGGUGAUUUGUUGACUUUGAAGAAGUGGAGACUCACAGCGGGACGAUCUUGUUCAAGGCUGUAAGAGAUUGGAGCAACAUCCACUGCUUUAUAAUAGCAGGCUUGGUGAUCAAGCGAUAGAGCUACUCUGACGCCCAGUGGAAACCGAGUUUUUUCUCUAAAUGAAUCCAGGUGUGGCCGGUGCUCAGCAAGCGCAGGGCCAGUCGAGGCGUUUCACCACCAUGGAUGUUGAUGAGGAGGAGAACAUGAGUUCAUGCAGCACCGACGUAAAGGAAAACCGCAACCUGGACAACGUCUCUUCUAAGGAGGGAGCUGGCCUGGUGGAGCAGCUCCCCAACGGUAGUGGAGGAGGGGGUCGCAAGCGGCCCCUGGAGGAGGGCAACAAUGGCCACGCGCACUCCAAAUUCAGACCCAAGAAGCGUAAGAAAACGCCAGGGCCGGUUCUGCCCAAGAACGCCCUGAUGCAGCUGAAUGAGAUCAAACCGGGUUUGCAGUACAAGCUGCUCUCGCAGACCGGCCCUGUCCACGCGCCAGUCUUCGUCAUGACCGUUGAGGUCAACGGUCAGUUGUUCGAGGGCUCCGGGCCUACGAAGAAAAAAGCCAAGCUGAACGCCGCAGAGAAGGCCCUUCGUUCCUUCGUGCAGUUUCCGAAUGCAUCCGAGGCUCACCUGGCCAUGGGCCGUACGCUCACCGUCAACACGGAUUUCACCUCCGACCAGGCUGACUUCCCUGACAUGCUCUUCAACGGGUUUGAGACGCCGGCACCGUCCGAGGAAACGUUUUUUCUGGGCUCCAACGGCAACGGCUCCUUAAAACCGCUGGGAGAGUAUCCCGUGCCCCAGGCGCCAGGUACGAACAGCCUCGUGCAGGCGCCGCUGCCGCCGCCCUCCUCCUUCACCUCCUCGACCAGCGGCAAAAACCCCGUCAUGAUUCUCAACGAGCUGCGGCCGGGCCUCAAAUAUGAGUUUGUGUCAGAGAGCGGAGAGAGCCACGCUAAGAACUUUGUGAUGUCCGUGACCGUGGAUUCGCAGACGUUCGAGGGCUCGGGGCGUAAUAAGAAACUCGCAAAAGCCCGGGCUGCUCAAGCGGCUUUGUCGGCGCUCUUCAACAUGCAACUGGACCAGACCCCGUCCCGCCAGCCCAUCCCGAGAGAGGGGCUACAGCUGCACCUACCACAGGUUCUUGCAGAUGCUGUUUCUCGUCUGGUAGUGGACAAAUUCAGCGAGCUCACUGACAACUUCACGUCUCCACACGCACGACGGAAAGUUCUGGCUGGUGUUGUCAUGACAACAGGCACUGAUGUCAAGGACGCUCAGGUCAUCUGCGUCUCCACGGGAACCAAGUGUAUAAAUGGCGAGUAUAUGAGCGACCGUGGCCUGGCGCUCAACGACUGUCACGCUGAAAUCAUUGCUCGGCGCUCCCUGAUCAGGUAUCUCUACAUGCAGCUGGAGUACUUCUUAAGUAACAACAAAGAGGAGCACCAAAAGUCCAUAUUCACGCAGUGUGACAAACGUGGCUACCGGCUGAAAGACAACGUCCAGUUUCAUCUUUACAUCAGCACAUCACCCUGCGGGGACGCUCGCAUCUUCUCUCCUCACGAGGCGGGCGUAGAGGACCAGGGAGACAGACACCCAAACAGGAAGGCAAGGGGCCAACUGAGGACCAAGAUUGAGUCUGGAGAAGGAACCAUCCCGGUGCGCUCCAGUAACACCAUACAGACGUGGGACGGAGUCCUGCAGGGCGAGCGGCUGCUUACCAUGUCAUGCAGUGACAAAAUCGCAAGGUGGAACGUGGUGGGCGUCCAGGGCUCUCUGAUGAGCUACUUCACUGAGCCCAUUUACUUCUCCAGCAUCAUCCUGGGCAGCCUGUAUCACGCUGAUCAUCUCUCCCGAGCCAUGUACCAGCGGAUCGCUGACAUCGAAGACCUGCCCCAGCAAUUCUCUCUCAACCGCCCCCUGCUCAGCGGAAUCAGUAACGCUGAGGCCCGGCAGCCGGGAAAGGCUCCUAACUUCAGUGUGAACUGGACGGUGGGAGAUCAGGCUCUAGAAGUCAUUAACGCCACCACAGGCAAGGAUGACAUGGGCAGACCCUCACGUCUCUGUAAGCACGCCCUGUACAGCCGCUGGGUGCGACUACACUCUAAGCUUUCACCAACUCUGCGAAUCAAAGUGCUCAAGCCCAGCUCGUACCACGAAGCCAAACAAGCAGCGGUGGAGUACCAUACGGCCAAGCAAACGCUCAUCAAGGCCUUUCACAAAGCGGGCCUGGGCGCCUGGGUGAAAAAACCCAUAGAACAGGACCAGUUCUCGCUGAACUCUUGAAGAGGGAUCAUAAAAAGACCAGGACAUGACAACAACCAGCUGUUAAUACUUCACUUGAUGUUCGGGGAUGUGUGUGUGUGUGUGUGCGUGUGUAUGAUGCUGUUUGUUCUCAGACAAACCAAGAGCCCUUUAGUGUCUGUCAUUUUGCUCUCUUUGUGUGAAUCAUGAAUCUCUGCCUUUUUAAUUUGUAAUGUAAAAGCAGAUUGUCAUUUAACGUAUGUUUGUUUCGAAGUUAGCGGCAUUCAGCAGAUAACAGGACGUAAUGUUAUUUGUAACUGGAAAAGUUGUUCUUUUAAAAACAUUUUUUACGAGAGAGGGUUGUUCUGACAAAAACUUGAUGCUGCGAGCGUGCACGUUACGUGGCUUCAGGUCGACCACAAAGGGUCUGAAGGUUUCCUGGUCCAGCCUACCCAAAUGCUGGCUCACCUUUUUGAGCAUGAUUCUCCUUGAUAUGCAAAACAUAAGCAUAUUUCUAUUUUUUAUUCCGCUCCCUCCGGAUUUUAGUAGGGGAAGAAAUUGUGUCACGUAGAUCAUAACAAUUAAGCAUGGUCCCUUUAGAUAGACAAACUUAUUUUGUCAGGACUUUAGUGUAGAAUUAGCGUACGCCGUCUUUCUAGAUAAAAUAGAUUUCAGAUUUUAAUUUGACCUCGGAGGGAAACUAGGAUUUUUUUGCAUACGGUUUUUCGAGAGCUACGUAAGCGGUGUUCCCAAACACUUGUUUGAAUUGGAAAAUUGGACCUUUUUUAUGGAUGCAACCAAAGUGCAUUGAUGUUAUUAAACGAUGUUUCGUGGCUGUUGAAAUUUCUCAGAGGUCUUAAGUGCAUGUGCGAAUUACAUAAGGCUCAUUCUGGGUUAAACACUGGCCUGUAAUGGACUAUUUUAGAAGCCCUACUUUUUUGGUGUCUACUUUGUAUUGACUUUAAGCUGCAUGGAGCCCAUUGGAUCACUCAAACCAAACGGCAGAUUUCCCAGCGAAUCAAAUCUACUAACGUGUUCGAGUUACACUCGUGUUAAAGGAACAGUUUAUCCAAAUAUGAAAAUCCCAAGCUCCAUAUGACUUCCAAAUGGUCUAAAACUGGAUGAACUUUUCCUUCAACAUUCAUGCUGCAUUUAGUCAUUGCAGGUUUGAGAGCAGGGCAUUGUGGGAGUUUAUUCAAGAUGGCGGAAUGGUCUAUAAAAUGCACGUUUAUUAUUGACAAAAGCCAUCUCUGCAUGCGGAAGUGAAGGUUUUGCAGGGGCGACUCUGACUUUCACUUUAUCCUUGCGUCUCGUUUGAGGAUUUUUUAUUUCCUGCAUAGACCCGAAUGCCUACAUUCCUCCUCAGAGGCGCUUCUGUAAGACCGAAUUCAGCCGUGUCCUUGAGGAUGAGGUUUCCCCUCUGUAGGAAGGUCUGAUCCAGGAGCUCGGCGCUCUUUGAUUUAUGACUUAUCCAGUGCAGCAUGUUUGACUGGUAAGGUUAUAGAGAGCUACGAAGCAGAAGUAUUUCUGCACCGAUCAUUCAUUUUUAAAGUUGGGCUUUGGUGGUUUUUAGAUGUUCCAGGAGUGUUGCUGUAUAAUAUAAACUCCUAGUGGGAUUUAUAACAUUUCAGUCAUCAUUUUACAAAGAUACAAGGCUGCAUUAGUAUUUAAAGAAGUAGUUGACCCAGAAAUGAAAAUUCUUUGAUUUACUCACCCUUAAACCUGUAUGCUGUUAAGCAGAGCUCAAAAGGGCAAAACAUCGCCAUAAAAUCAGUGCCAUUAAGGAAUUAUUUACUAUGUAUGCUGUACAGUUUAGUUCAAAAGUUUAGGCUGUGUUUAUUUGGAUCAAAAAUACCAAAAAAAAGGAAAUAUUUUGAAAUAUUAUUACAAUUUAAAAUACCUGAUUUCUAUUUUCAUAUAUUUUGAAAUGUAAUUUAUUCCUGUGAUGCAAAGCUGAAUUUUCAGCAUCAUUACUAGGCAUCACAUGAUCCUUCAGAAAUCAUUCUAAUAUGCUGAUUUGGUGCUAAUGAAAGAUUUCUUAGUAUUAUCAAUGUUGGAUACAGUUCAAAACAACAUAUUUAUUUAAAAUAGAAAUCUUUUAUAACAAUGUAAAGGUCUUUACUGUCAGUUGUGAUCAAUUUAAUGUAUCCUUGAUGAAUGAAUGUAUGAAUUUAUUUUUUAAAAAUCGUACAGACCCUAAACUUUUGAAUAGUAGGUGCAGCAGAAGGAAACAUUUACAAUCAAAGUCUUAAAUAUUGACUACUUCAAAGGUGGUUUAAUGGUUUUAUGGUCUUUUUUGGAGCUUAACAGCUUGGUGAUCAUGAACAGCUGCAUCUAGAUCGUUCAAAAGCUCUCUUUUUUUGUCCUAAGGAAAAGAAAACUGCAUACAGGUUUGGAAUGGUAAUUUUAGGGGGGGUUAACUAUUUCGUUAAAUCUUCAAAAUACACUACCAGUCAAAUAUUUUUGGACAGUAGGAUUUUUAAUGUUUUUAAAGAAGUCUUUUCUGCUCACCAAGCGUACAUUCAUUUGAUUCAAAGUACAGGAAAAACAGUAAAAUUUUGAAAUAUUUUUACUAUUUAAAAUAACUGCUUUCUAUUUGAAUAUAUUUUAAAAUGUAAUUGAUUCCUGUGAUUUCAAUGCUGAAUUUUUAGCAUCAUUACUCCAGUCACGUGAUCCUUCAGAAAUCAUUCUAAUAUUCUGAUUUGCUGCUCAAAAAACAUUUAUUAUUAUUAUGUUGAAAACAGCUGAGCUUUUUUUUUUUUUUUUUUUUUUGAUAAAUAGAAAGUUCAGAAGAACAGCAUUUAUCUGAAAUUGAAAUCUUUUGUAACAUAAAUGUCUUUAUCAUCACUUUUGAUCAAUAUGAAAUCCUUGCCAAAGGAAAUUCUGACGUAUACUUUCUUUCACAAGCUUUUGAAUGGUAUAAUCUAUAAUGUUACAAAAGCUUUUUAUUUCGGAUAUACUCAGCCAUUUUAAAUAUUGAUAAUAAUAAUAAAUAUAGCUGCAAGCAGCAAUUACCGAGGUUCAAGCGAUUUAGGUAUUUAAGCACAUAAGGAAAAAGGCAUUACAUGUUGUUUAGCAAGCCUGUAACCACCUAAAUCAAUUAUUUUAAAAGCAUUUUUGUCAAAUCCAGGUGAUUUACUAUAGAAAUAUGAUGUUUUUAUAACAUUUAUGACUAUUAUAGCGCCAGCUGUUUUCCGAUCUCCCUGUAACUUUGCAACUUUGCAAUAACCUGUCGUAUGUGCAGCGGGUUUCGUGAAGUUUGAAGCUUUUGUUUAGGCUUUAUAGGCUUUUGGGUAUAUUUGGACAGGCCCCUUUUCUAAAGGACCCCAUUAUAGCUUUCCAAAGGGUAAAUUUCAGCACGUUUCUUAUAAUUAUUGACCUAGAGAGUCCAGAGAAUUGCACUGUGGUGUUUUUUCCAGACUGAGCAAAAAAUCUAGGACUAGUUUGCCAAAGUAGGUUUUUCACAUCUUCUCAAUCAUUUAAAAAAUGGUUUGAUUGACAGCAGUGAUUCUAAAGGAACAAGGAGGUCUAUCAUACGAUACGAAUAUCAUGUGUAUGUGCGGAAAACAACACAAUGUACAAUCAUUUAAGCCCUCAAAAAAAUGCGAUACCGUCCUCCCAGUGGACAAUUUCUUUCAGAUUUCUCACAGACCAUUGGAGUCAAACAGGCCCACCGAGUUUCGUUCCAAUCGGCCUCUGUUAACCUUGUCUAAUAGGUGCUCAAAAUUCAUUGGCCAAUGGCAGCCAUGUUUCUCUUGAGAUGCGCCAACGUCCCCUUAGACAUUUGUGGCACUUUGGACCAAGACCGUGAACACCAAUUUUCAUGUUGAUAGGACUUUUUUUGAUUAAUUAUUGAUAUUCACUCUCCAGAGAAUCUUUCUGCACUGGUUUGGUCGAAAAACCUAGGACUAGUUAACAAACUUUUGCAAAGAAAAUGUGAAAUACCCCAAAUUUUCUCCAGGCAAACAAUCGAAUCUGAUGCAUGCAUUUUGUCUGGCAUGAGCCAAGGACUCCAAUAACAUAAUACACUUGAGUCUGCGACUAACAGUUUAGGAGUUAUGAGCAAUGUCGUAUUUUCGAUCGCUGUAGCGCCCAUGUCAGGCCAAUUGGGUGUACUACCAUCCCUCCAAGUUUCAAGUCUCUACAACUUAUGGUUUAGGUUGCACGGUCAGAUUUACAUGGAAAUCGCUCAUCCGUGACCAUUCUAAAAAUUACAGGCUUCAACCCCUAGUAAAAAAUGUUUCUUGAGCAGCAAAUCAGCAUAUUAGAAUGAUUUCUGAAGGAUCAUGUGACACUGACGAUUGGAGUAAUGAUGCUGAAAAUUCAGCUUUGAUCACAGCAAGAAAUCAAAUUUUUAAAAUAUAUUAAAAUAGUAAACCGUUAUUUUAAAUAGUAAAAAUAUUUCACAAUAUUACUGCUUUUGCUGUAUUUUGGAUCAAAUAAUUGCAGGCUUGGUGAGCAGAAGAGACUUCUUUAAAAAACAUACUGUUCAAAAACUUUUGACUGGUAGUGUAGUUAAAAGUACUGAUGAUCGCAGAGCCUGUUCCUCCAUGAAAUCAGACCUGCUUCAUCCUCACCAGAGUCAUUCCGUUUCCCCCUCAGUGGCAUGAGGUUUCUCCAGCGGUAUCAUUGUUGAUUUUCACCCUUUUAAAGAAACCAGCAGUAUGCGUGUUUGUCCGUCCGAGUGUGUUCGUUUGUGCACCUGCUGCUGAGCCCAGUUGGCAUUCUGCAGAGACAUCGUGGCAACGAGACUGAGAGAUUGCUGUGGAAUCUUCACCAAAGAUGUCAAUUUCUUUUCCUUAUGAAGCAUUUAAACCAACGGAGACUAUUUUUUAAAAGACAAGAAGGUUAUUGGUGCAAAGAUUGUCCAGCAUUUUACAGUUCUGCCUUGUAUUAUUCCGUUCACUCACUAAUGUAUUUUGUUUUUUUUAACGUGUGUGUUUGAGUUGGAUCAGUCAGGACUGGAUUUGGGACGUGCUCGUCUUUCUCAGUAUUCUGGUACACGCUGGAUGUACUGCUGUAAAUAUAUUGUGACCCUCUCCGAUGCCGUUACAGUAGACUCCUUGCAUAUGUAUGACUAAUUUUUCACUCAAAAAGCAACAUGCAUUUUCCUUUUAACUCGAAAUGCCAGGGCGGCCGUGUCCUUGCAGGCCGCGGUUGGUGCCGUAAUGUACUUCUGACGGACCCGUAUGAGCGUAUGGGGAUCUGCAGUACUGUAAUGAUUAAUGACUGUAGACUUUGACUCCCUUUUGCUCUAAUGGAAACGAUUACGGACUGAAAUUAAUGAGCACAGUCGGUUCUACAUAAAUGUGGCUCAGCAAAAAGUAGCUCUUUCUGCUGGUGACACUUUUCAAGGACAGGAGACUUGUGGGAUUUUUUUCCUCCCAUAAAAAAAAAAAAAAAAAUGAAAAAGAAAUUCUUUCUUUUGCAUCAUCCUAAUUUCGUCUUCACCUUCUCUUCGGCUUCUGUUGCGGGGGGGUUUUGAUGAUGGCGUGAGACGCCAGUUGAUGAUGUCAAGAUUUUUUCCUCUUAAAUUUUGUUCUUUUGGGAAUCUGAGCCGUGUCUUAGCGAAGAGUCCUGACUUUCGUCCUCCUGGUCCUGGUCAGCCCGUUUCUAAACGUCUUGUGAUUUGGUGACUGUACAGUGGAGUCCGGCGGUGGUCCGGCUCGAUCUCGACACGAUCUGGGUCCACCCCGUCUUUUGCCUGUCCUUCGUAAUAUCCACAUGGGUCACCUGCAUGAGCUACUUCACCGAAGCUGCACCCAGCAUGACGACAUAAGGACUUGUAUGUAGAAAAAGGAACAAAAAAAAUAGAUCUAUAUAUACAUAAGAAAAAAAAGAGAGAAAGGAAUAAAAAAGAUCUUAGUUUACCUUUGCA